AUGAGGACACAUCAAUUUAUGGGAGCGGAUUCUAUACCAAGGGAUAGUAAUGAUCAUUGCAGAAGGCAGUUACAAGACGAAAUGUGUUGUUUUGUUCGCCCUGAAUCCGGUGAAAGGACAACAUUUGCAAUAACGCUAUAUUUAGCAUUAGUUUUUGCAGCAACAUCAUUAACUGAGACAAUACCUAGAAAUUCAUUAAAAAUGCCAAUGAUUUCGUAUCAACUGCUUACGGUUAAUAUCAUCAACACGGUUGGCGUUUUAUGGAGCAUAUUCAUUGUUAAUUGUGCAAGUAAAUCUGUGGCUCAUAGAUAUCUGCCAAACUUUCUUCUGAGGAUGAUUACAAAAAGGAGACAGAAAAGCAAAAACAAUUGUAAAAUGGUUUCUGUAGAAAAUUCAGUUGUAUCGAUAUUGCCUGUUGAGGGUACGGAUAUAAGUGAUGGUCAAAAGGAAGAAGUAUGUAAUGAACCACAAUCUGCUGAAAUAACUGGACAAGAGGUGGCGGAAGUUCUCGAUACAAUUUAUUUCUGGAUAAUCAUUAUUUGUAUUAUUUUAGCAAAUGUCAUAUACAGUGCAUUUGUGUACAAAAGUUGGUUCAGUUAG